AUGUUGGCCGCUCAACUGGCUGCGGAGAAGGAAUUUUUGGAGAAGCGAGACGCGAUCCGGAAGAAAUUCGACAACAGCGUCAAGAGGGCGAAUGCGUCCAAGGACGAAGAUGGUGCUGUCGGUGGGAGGUCGAAGAGUGAUCCGGACCAGGCGGUAGAGGAGUGGCUGCAACAGUCAAGGAAGACAAACACGCAGCAGUCGGUCUCGGAUGUCAGGGGAGCUUUUCCUAAAGGUGGAGUUCCGCUGGGAGCAGGAGUGGUUAUCAAGGCGAACAAAACGAAGUCGAUGAAACCGGUAAAGGAAGUGCCUGAAAUCGUCGAGAACGAGCCAGAGCCCAGCGAAGACGAAAGCAGCGAGUCGUUGGAUUAUCCAGCGAAAAGCCGUCACAAUCAGAGCCGGUAUGGCAGCAUGCAGAGUAGUCAUGAUUCCGACGGGCCGGGGCGUGAUAUUGGCCAUAUCUCGAAACAGCAGCUAGCCGCUCGGAAAGCUUUGUCCCAGUACCUUUGGAAGCUUCGUGGAGAGCCGGAAGCCUGGCCGCUGUUUAUAAGUUGCUUCGAGCACACGACGUGCGGGUUCACGGACUUGGAGAACUUGAAGCGGCUGCAGGACUGUCUACAGGGAGACGCACUCGAGGCAGUCAGGAGUCGGCUAGUGCUGCCGGAUUUGGUUCCGGAUGUUAUUUGCGAUCUAAGGAAUCUUUUCGGAAGGCCGGAAAAGUUGCUGAAGAAGCUGCUGCCAAAAGUGAGGAAUUUUCCUGCGCCGAGAGGAGAUCAGCUGGAGACCUUCAUUAACUUCUGGAUUACGGUGAAGCAACUGUGCGAUCAUCACGAAGCUGCACAGCUCAGAGACCACCUGAACAACCCGAUGCUGAUACAGGAGUUGGUGGACAAGCUACCACCGAUCUAUAAGCUGGACUGGGUCCGGUUCAAGCGUGGAAAAAUUGACAGUCCACUAAGGAUGUUCUCGAACUUCACCACCGAAAUCGUUUCGGAUGUGUCCGAGGUUACGGAGUUCACAAUGUUGUCAGUGUACGAGCGAGCGCGUCCUGGGAGAGAUAAUCCUAGGAAGAAGGAGUUUGUGUAUAUGCAUGAAUUAGCACAGAAGCGGAGCGAAGGAUCGCGGAUCGAGGCAGUCAGUCAGCCGUGCUGGAUCUGUGAGCGGACGGAUCAUUUGAUCAGAAAUUGCGAUGAGUUCCGGCGAAUGAAUAUCGCCGAAAGGCUUAGAGAGGUGGAGAGGCAGAAACUGUGUGGAAUCUGCCUAAACAAACAUAGUAGUAGUCGCUGCUCAUCGAAGAUCCGGUGCGUGGUGCGAGAUUGUCAAGGAAACCAUCAUCCUUUGUUACAUCGCGUGGAAAGAUCUGUGCAAUUGCAGAAAGCGAUAUCUGACUGCACGUUCCUGGACGAAGGGUUAUCUGCGACUUUGGUCGAUGAUGUGGUAGCCGAACGAUUGAAAGCUGAGGGUUCACUGAAGCCGUUGAUAGUAACGUGGACCGGGAACAUCAACCGGUUCGAAAACGAGUCCCGCUGCGUAGAGAUGAUGGUGGCAGCAAAGGGCUCGAAGGAGAAAUUUCCGCUGUUCAACACUCGUACAGUAUCGGAGUUGCAGUUACCCAAACAGAAUGUUCGAUACGCAGAGGUAGUGAAGCGGUACACACAUCUUGUGGGCGUGCCAGUGAAAGAUUUUCCGUCCGGGGUGCCGACCAUCCUCAUCGGUUUGGAUAACCUACACCUGUUUGCGCCGCUGGAGUCACGUGUUGGUAGACCGAACGAACCGAUCGCCGUGCGAUCGAAGAUGGGUUGGACAAUAUAUGGGUCCGAAAAACGUAGAGCCAGCGUUCAUUCUAUCGCAACGGUGAGCAAUCAGGAGCUCCAUGAUUUGAUGCGGGAGCAAUAUGUGCUGGAAGAAACAGCGGGUGCAUCGUUCGCUGUGCCAGAACCGUUGGAAGAGAAGCGUGCUAGGGAGAUCCUGGAGGCGACAACACAGCGAGUGGGCCAUCGGUUCGAAACUGGACUGUUGUGGCGCAGCGAUGUCCGGAAAUUCCCCGAUAGCUACUCAAUGGCUAUGCGGAGAAUGCAUGCACUCGAUCGGAUAUUAGAAAGGAAUCCAGCGCUGAAGGAGAAUGUGUGUCGGCAGAUCGAGGAGUACCAGCAGAAAGGAUACGCGCACAAAGUAACCGACGCAGAGUUGAUGGAGACAGCUCAAUCUGCUGUGUGGUACCUACCCCUCAACGUCGUGGUGAGCCCACGAAGGCCAGGCAAAGUGCGCCUAGUAUGGGAUGCAGCAGCAUCAGUGAAUGGCAUUUCCCUGAAUUCCGAGCUGCUCAAAGGUCCGGAUAUGUUAGUUCCCCUUCCGCGAGUGAUCUGCCAUUUCCGAGAACUACCGGUCGCCUUUGGAGGCGACAUCCAGGAAAUGUAUCACCAAAUCUGCAUCACAUCGGAGGACAAGCAGGCGCAGCGAUUCCCUAUUUAG